GUCAUGCACCGGCAAAUGUGGCAUUGCAAGCCUAGCUCCGAGCCUUGUAGUUGUCCUCUCUAAUCACGAGAUAUAAAAUGACUCCUCCAUUGUUUGUUUCGUCAAGUGCGUUCCGAGCUUUCUGCAUGUUUUAAGUUUUAACUAACACUUACGUUACUCCGCGUCACCCCUUCCCAAAACCCAGAUUACUCCACUCCCACCGCCACCGCCAAUGCUGCCGUACAACUCUCUUGAUGAGGCGGCGGCCGCUCUUGGCCGGAACCUCACCUUCGCUGAGACAUUGUGGUUCAAUUACUCCGCAAACAAGUCCGAUUACUUACUUUACUGCCACAACAUUCUCUUCCUGUUUUUAAUCUUUUCUAUUGUGCCUCUGCCUCUCGUUUUCGCCGAGCUCCUGCGAUCUGCUGGGCUCGACAAGUGUAAGAUUCAGCCCAAGGUUAAGCUGUCCUUCUCCGAGAUGGUCAAAUGCUACAAAGAUGUUAUGCGCAUGUUUUUUCUGGUUGUGGGUCCCUUGCAAUUGCUCUCCUAUCCUUCUAUCAAGAUGAUUGGUAUUCGGACAAGUUUGCCACUGCCCUCCGGAUGGGAAAUUUUUCUACAGUUGCUGGUGUAUUUCGUGGUGGAGGACUAUACCAAUUAUUGGAUCCACAGGUUUCUGCAUGGGAAAUGGGGCUAUGAGAAAAUUCACCGUGUACACCAUGAAUAUGCUGCUCCCAUUGGUUUUGCUGCUCCAUAUGCACACUGGGCUGAAAUUUUGAUCCUGGGAAUUCCAUCUUUCCUGGGGCCAGCAAUGGUUCCUGGGCACAUGAUCACAUUUUGGUCGUGGAUUGCUUUACGGCAGAUCGAGGCAAUUGAGACACAUAGCGGGUAUGAUUUCCCUUGGACUCCCACAAAAUAUAUUCCAUUUUACGGUGGCGCAGAUUACCAUGAUUACCAUCAUUAUGUUGGAGAACAGAGCCAAAGCAACUUUGCUUCAGUCUUCACCUACUGUGACUUUAUUUAUGGAACUGACAAGGGCUAUCGGUAUCAAAAGAAGCUACUUGGGAAGUUGAAAGAGGGAUUGAAAAGUGGCGGUGAACAGAACGGACGCUCAUACUUUCCUAUACAAGAUCUUAAAUCUGACUAGCAGUGGGAAUGCAGAACUUUUUUCCAGAUCAAUGAUCUUAGGGUACAUCUGCUGGAAAUAUCCAAAUUCAAGUUGACAUCAAUGUACUAGUCGUGGUUAAUUUAGAAGCCUUUAGUAUUGCAGAUGGAGUUUAACUGUGAUUUCUGUAGCUUAACGGGGUUUAGUUAAGUUUCAGAAUUUGGGGUUUUGUUAAUGAAGUUCAGUGGAUUGGGAUAUCAUGGUCUGUGAAUUUAAGAUUUUAAUUGUUGUUGUUUAGCGUUCGUUCAAAAUCCAAAUAUAGAAAAUGCUAUAAAUUUA